AUGGCUAAUCUCCAUCUGACAGCCAUUUUAAAUACAGUGAAACAAGACGAAAAAUGGAAACUACCUCUCCAGAAUAACACUCUACACUUACCCAAAGUGCUAAAAUCUUCCCAUUCUGUUCGCCAUCAUAGCAGUUCGGGUCGAUGUUCGAUCACAACCCCUAAAAGUAAAUUUAAGUCUCCUUCCUCCAGUACUCUUUACUUGGGAACACCUUUGAGGACUGCUAAAUCCACUCCAAGAAAAAGGUCGAGAGACAAAACGCCCAAAACUCCAUCUGAGUCAUUUGAUCGAUUGGAAUUUGAGCUCCUAAACUCCAAUUUCUGUACCUACAUUCCCUCCUAUACAUUCCCUCCUAUACAUUCCCUCCUAUACAUUCCCUCCUAUACAUUCCCUCCCAUACAUUCCCUCCUAUACAUUCCCUCCCAUUCCCUCCUAUACAUUCCCUCCUAUACAUUCCCUCCUAUACAUUCCCUCCUAUACAUUCCCUCCUAUACAUUCCCUCCUAUACAUUCCCUCCUAUACAUUCCCUCCUAUACAUUCCCUCCUAUACAUUCCCUCCUAUACAUUCCCUCCUAUAAAUUCCCUCCCCCUCCUAUACAUUCCCUCCUAUACAUUCCCUCCCAUACAUUCCCUCCUAUACAUUCCCUCCUAUACAUUCCCUCCAUUCCUACAUUCCCUCCCUACAUUCCCUCCCAUACAUUCCCUCCCAUACAUUCCCUCCUAUACAUUCCCUCCUAUACAUUCCCUCCUAUUUCCCUCCUCAUUCCCUCCCAUACAUUCCCUCCUAUACAUUCCCUCCUAUACAUUCCCUCCUAUACAUUCCCUCCUAUACAUUCCCUCAAACCAAUAGGCUACCAUUUAUGCAAGUUUCUUUUCUUUUUUUUUUUUUUUUUUUUUUUUUAUCUAACAUCUUUACAAACCUGUCGUAAAAGCUUGGAAGAACUUUAUAUCUCUGAAAACAAAGAGAGACAGAAGAGUAGUUUUCGACAUAUUUAUCCACAUCCUGACCGUAUCCUUGAUGCUCCGGAUUUGAUUGAUAACUUUUAUUUGAAUCUGUUGGAUUGGUCUUCAAAGAAUACAAUGUGUGUUGCUUUGUGUUAUUCUUGCCAUCUCUUGGAAAUGGACAGAAGCAGUGUCCAUGAAUUGAUAAAUGGUGAAAAUAUCCAAGAUGAUUACAUUUCCUGUUUAUCAUUUGAUGAUGUAGGCAAUUAUAUUGGUGUUGGUGACAAUGGUGGCAACCUACAACUAUGGGACGUCCAAUACAGAAAAAUGCUUCGUACCAUGAGCGGGCAUUAUAGCUCUCUCCAUUCUCUCUCUUGGAAUGCUAACAUUAUCACAUGUGGGACUUAUGAUGGUUGUAUUUAUCACCAUGAUGUUCGGUUACCACAACAUUGCGUAGGCACUUUAUACGGUCACUCAAGUAUAGUGUGUGGUCUGACAUGGUCACCCGAUGGUCUUCACUUGGCCAGUGGUGGGAAUGAUAAUCUUGUCAAUGUCUGGGAUUUGAGACAAGGACCUUCUGUUCAACCUUUGCAUUCAUUUGCCAGUCAUACAGCAGCAAUUAAGAGGGAAGAAGUCACUGAAUCAAGCAGGCAUCCUUUGCUGUCUGAGACCAUUGCAGAUUGCCACGGGCACAAGAUUCCUCCUCUUUCUUGCUAG